AGAGUUCUCAGACACUUUAGAAAAUAAAACUGUCAAUAGCAAGCAAACACAUAAAAGGAGAAAAGACUCAAAUUGGAUCCAAGAAGAAAGUUAGUAAUUAUGUAUACCAGAUAUUGAUUAGGAUAUAAGGAAAUUUAAUACAGUGAAGCAUUGCUUAAGACAGGGAUCUUUUCUGAGAAAUGCAUCAUUAGGUGAUUUUGUCAUUGUGUGGACAUCAUGGAUUGUACUUAGACAAACCUUGAUGGUGUAGCCCAUUGCCCCUAAGCUACAAACCUGUACAGCAUGUUACUAUACUGAAUACUCUAGGUAGUUGUAACAUGGUGCUAAGUGUUAUUUGUGUAUCUAAACAUAGAAAAGGUACAGCAAAAAUACCUUAUUAUAAUAUUAUAGAACCACUAUCAUAUAUGUAGUUCAUUGCUGACCAAAAUGUCACUACGCAGUGCAUGAAUGUAGAUGAUUAAGGGUGUGCACAAAGAUUUACCUACAGAAAUGUUUAUAACAGUAUUGUUUCUAAGCAUGAAAAAACAGUCUGGAUUCCAACAAUAGGGGACUGAUUAAAUGUGUUUUGAUUUAAUCAUGUAGAUUCAGUACUUAAAAAUUAUGAUGUAGAUAGAUGUAUUUCAUUAUCAAUAAGGAAAGAGAUUAAUUGGAAAACAGUAUGUGUAUUACUUUGUAAUACAAGGCCACCAUGUAAGAUGUCUCAUUUUUAUGAAAUUUAUAGCUUCUAGUACAUAUAGAAACUUUAUCAAGGAUACAUGUAAAAUUUGACAGAGCUUGAGCAUGUGUCCCAAGGUGGUGGGAUUGUAGGCAGUUUAAAAAUUAUUUGUCUUCUCUUUCUCCUCCUUUCAUGUUUCCAGAAUUUUUUAUGAUGAGUCUUUGGGUAAUUUUUAAGGAGUUAAAAAGCAGUGUAACAUUUCAGAAAUUUUGGAGAGAAAAUCUCCUAUCCCAUGGCAUAAAAUUCUCAAGUUUUAUUGCUGUUCAUGGUUUUUUUUUCUCAUGUACAUCUAUAUUUGUAACGUAGUUGUAAUUAUACAGGAUAUGCCACUUUAUUUUUAUUACCUAAACGUUUUUUCAUGUUGCUACACAGUCUUUACAACUUCAUUAUAAAGUGAUUCCUGUUCUGUGAGGUGGUUUCUCCCCGGUGAUUGGGAAGCUUGAAAUAGAAGACAAGUGCCAGUGAGACGUCUGCUUUCCUUUCUGGGAGCCUUGUUUCAACCUUGAGUUCCGACCGCCAGGUGAAAGAUUGGCAGUGACUGAAUGAAGGGUUGGUGGUCCAGCUGCUUAGUUUCAUGCUGCCAGACAGACCGUUAGAGCAGAACAGAUACCUUCAUUUUGUCACAACUUUUUUAAAAAUGGCAAAAAAUAACAGCCACAUAUAGUUUGUUAGUGAGGUGAAAUACCUCAUAGAACAAGACAACAAAGAAUAUAAAAUAUUUCUAAUAUGUUAAAAUAUAAAUAUUUUAUAUUCUUUGUAUUCUUUAGUCUGAAAGGCUUAAAUCUUACAUCUCUGGUGGAAUUUCAGAAAAAAAAAAAAAUUGUUUUCUUAGGUAAAGCGUCUUUUUUCUCUUAAACUAGCCCAUGUGAAACUCUUCUGUUUCUGAAUGAAUUUCACCUAACCUGUCUACAGCUAUAUUCACAGACACUGUUUUUCCCUUUACAGACUGACCCUACCCCUUCUGUUACAAAACACAGAAACAUUGCCAGUGUUUUUUGAUUGGUUGGUUGGUUGGUUGGUUGGUUUGAGGUGUUUUGUUUUGAGGACUGUUCACUUUUCUUUCUUUCUCAUUGCAUGUAAACAAGACAUUAAAGUUUAAACAAAAUUUAAUUUCACCUUAGUUCCUAAAGCUGACUUUCUUUAUCUAUUUAUCUAUUUGUUUCCCUCAGUGUAACCUUGGGAUCCCUGGAGCAGGUUUUUAUUUUGUUUUCUUUUCUUUUUCCCUUGGAAUGCUUGUGUCUCAUGGCCAGUGGGCCUAAGGGUUAGGAACCGUACCUUUCCACAAAUGAAAAGUGCCACCCGAAUCCUGCCUGAGCCAGUGCUUUGCUGCUUCCUACACAGAUUUCAGACAUGCUGAUCCUAAUCUUCUCAGUCAAACUCCAAGACACACAGUGUCAACAGUUACGGCAGCCGCAAGUUCAUUAUCUACAUAGGGCGCAAUUACUUGGCAGCUACCUAGACUGUGAGGAUUUUGUGGGUCCCCAAAGAACUCAUAUCCUGAAGAGAGAGACUAAUCAAGGUUACCUGUGCAUGACAGAUGAGUGGUUCUCUGAGUAUGUCUACGAAGUGGUGGUGGACAGGAAGCAUGUCCCUGAAGAGGUGCUAGCUGUGUUAGAGCAGGAACCCAUUGUCCUGCCAGCGUGGGACCCCAUGGGAGCUUUGGCUGAGUGAUACUGCCUCCAGCUCUUUCCUCCUUCCAUGGAACCUGACGUAGCUGCAAAGGACAGAUCCAGGGACUGAAGCCAAAGUUAUGCAAGGGACUAUGUGUUGCCACAGGACACAGUCAGAUUUCCAGUCUCCACCAGGAACCUCUUUGGGAAGUGUGGUUUAUGCUGAAACAGAAUACUCUUAAAGAAAAAAAGGAGGGGGAAAGAUCAGGUCAUACUCUCUACUCUCCUCAUCUCUUAACAGCUCAGGAUCUCUUAGCAUUUUAAUCAGAUGUAAUUGUUUGUCUUUGACUGUCAAAAAGUUUGGUUCUGUGUCUGUGUUUUAAUAAGACAAGAGAGGAUGAGCGAUUGAGGUGUAUGGAGAGAAAACAGACCUAAUGCUCCUUGUUCCUAGAGUAGAGUGGAGGGAAGGUGGCCUAAGAAUUGAGCUCUCGGAACUGCAUGCUGCUGGACAGUAUCACUGUCUUUCUUAGAUGGCAGUCACUGAAUUCCAUUUUUUUCAAGGUAAUUUCUGGUGCCUCUAAUAGCCCAGAAAUGGGAGGUUGAUCGGGUCUGACAUGAUUCCUUCCUGUUCUGAACUGUGGGGUGCACAUCUCUGCUUGAGUCAAGUUUGAGUAGAGGCUUAGAGACAGUUGGGUGAGAACAACCAAAAUCUUAUCAUGGUCUCAGUUACAAUCAUUAGGGGGAGCUCUAGCCAAAUGGUUUAACUUCUGCCUUUGGAACUGGGGAUUGGGUGGGCAGGAAAAGGUGAUAUCCAUUCUUUCUGAUAACUAGAUGGUGCUGAGAAGCUUUUGAAUAAAAACUUUGCUAAAUGAAAAUAAG